GAGUCUCCAAGGUCCGCACACUCCGAACGCGCUCCUUAGCCAAAACACGCUGGAUGUGGAAAAGCGUUAUUUGCCGUGAAACGUAACUUGCAGCGACGUUCCUUUCCAGACACCCUUCUUAAAGAGAUGGUUGUUUUAAACAUUGCAUUACGGAGCUCUUAAGGCGCGCGUGGGUGCCAUUUCGCGCUUCCGCAUGCGGUGAAUCAGCAGCAUGCUAACUAGCUGUAGCCACCUGGACUCAACCCCGUUUGUUUAUACCACACAAUGUUGCCUGAAUUGUUGCAAGGCGUUGACGCCGGAGGGCUGCUCAUAAUACAAGAUUCAGCCGGUUGUUCUGGUCGACACCUCCUGAAGAGCUUCAUCAACGCCGCAUUGAACAGGGAGGAAGCUGUCCAUGUCAUUGGCUUUGAAGUCAGCGAGGAAGAGCUGAGGGAUGGGUCACAAGGAUCACCCACUCAGAGGCUGCACUUUCACAACGCGUUCAGCGACCCCCUCGGCUGGACCGAUCACCCCGCGUUCACAGUCCACCAGUUCAAUUUGGAGGAGCUCACGCAUCUGGUUAAGCAAACGUCACACCCCAAGGCAGCUACUACCUUGGUGAUCGACUCUCUGUCGUGGAUUUUGAGGCACGUCAGUCCUUCUGCUGUUUGCAAGACUCUUCAGCAACUUAAAAAAGGAGGAGCUGUGAGAGCUACCAUUGGUCUGCUCCAUGCAGAUAUGCAUCAGAGAGGUACUGUGGGAAGCAUUUGCCAUUUGGCUACUUCAGUCAUCACUGUGGCACCUGGAGCGAAGGGAGAUGAAGCAGUGGCAAAGAUAACGAAGCGUUCAAAAUCGGGGAAGGUUAUUCAAGAAGAAGAGAUUUUCAACAUCAAAGAGGAUCUUACAGUCAUGGUGCAGAGCAAGGCCAGCCAUACCGGACCCAAACAGCCUGGCCCUGAGGAACAGGAGACGGACCCGACAGCUAACUUGACCUUCAACCUUCGCUUGUCUGACACAGAGCGCGAAGCCAAGGAGAAACUUGCACUUCCCUUUGUCUUCAGCAAAGCGAAAAAAACAGCUCUGCUUCACUUGGGCCCGGGAUCAGGAAGAAUUCUGUAUGAGCCUGAUGCAAACGACGACUAUGAUCAGGAGGACCCAGAUGAUGAUCUUGAUGUGUAGCGUAACCCACUGAAGGUUCAGAAGAUCCAUGUUUCAUACACUCUUAUCCAUUCAAGACACUGAGAUGUGUUCAGCGCCAGUGCAGUCUUUAAGCCUUACCACCAUCUCAUGGAGCUUGGAACAUAUAACGUAAUGCCUACAUUUUCUUUUUGGUCUAUAUUAUGUUUAUAUAUUUUUUCCUUAUAUUAUUGAUCACCUCUUUUCUUAUUGAAUAAAAUUAUAAUAUUAUAUACUUUAAAACAGACAUUACUUUUUCUUUUUUAAAUGAAUACUUAAACUUUAUUAACUAUUUGUUUUUGACAGAAACAACAACAACAACAACAGCAACACCACAAUACAAUAACCUAUACCAGACACUGUGUCAUGAUCUGUACACCAGACAUACAGAUCUUGAAAUGUGACAUAAGGGGUUUCCACGCAGCACAACUUAAUCUGUAACCAACUCUACAUAGAAGGUGGGUAUACAGUGUAGGGGAAGGUAAUAUACAUUUUAAAAAGUAAGAAUGAGGUGGGAGAUCACAAACCUUUGGUCCUAGUCUGAAAAUUCUUUUUCCACUUUGUCAAUUUUGCAGAGCAAGUGUCAUUACUCUUCGAAGGAAAGUCGAUCUUUCCAUCUCAUGAAUCUCCCGAGUAACCGUAAAGUCAACAUUUUCUGAAGGUGUCUGUUGUUUCUCCAUGACUAUCCACACACAUUGCUUUUCAAUAAAAUUGAUUGUUGUACAUGUAA